AACAUGUCAAUGCACGCUCGUUUCAACACUUUCGGUUUAGAAACAAGGCGUUGGAGAUUAAAUGGCGCACAUUUCGGGUACGAUGUUAAACACAUUUAAUAGAGUAAGAUAGAGUAAGAUUUUUUUUGAAUCUUGGAAGCAGAGAUGGCAAACAGACUGGAAAUCAAGAGAAGCCAAAGUCCAAGGGGUGAUCGUCCCAACAUGAGUGAUCUGAGGAUUGUCCUGUUGGGGAAGAACGCAUCAGAAAACAACAGAGUGGGAAACUUAAUCUUAGAUAAAAAAGUGUUUAGAAAAAAAACACCACAACCUGAUGUAGAGGAGCACAGUGAAAGAGUGGAGGGGAGAAACAUCACCAUCAUCAACACCAUUCACCUGCUCAAAUCAAAAAUCUCACAACAAAAAAUAGCACAGAAAGUGUCAGAGUUUUCUUCUCCAGAACCUGAUGUGAUCAUACUGGUGCUGCAGCACAAUGACUUUAGUGAGAGGAAAAGAGACAGAUUACUUUCAGUGUUGAACUGCUUUGGUGAGCAGGCGAUGAAGCGCACAAUGAUUCUGACUACUGAUGAUGAGACACACAGUGCUGAAAAGAAACAUGAAAAUGAAUUCAUUCAGCAAAUAUCUACAGAAUGUGGAGGAGGACGUCUUCAACUUCAAAACACACAACGCUCUCAAAUACUUCAAAAAGUGGAUGAAAUACUCAUUCGUAGUGGUUUUAAGGAGACACAACAGAGCUCAUCACUGAAUCAAGUGGACAAACCAAGUGUAUUUAGCAUGUCUAAAAAUCAAAAGCUGAUCUUGGCAAUAUGUGGUUAUAAUGAGGAAAUAAAAGCCUCCAUGUCAAAGCUUUUACUGGGGAAAAACACAGCCAUAUCAGCUCAAGAGUCCACAUCAGUGCGUGUGUGGAGUGAUGUUGAGGUUCAUGGCCGUCUGAUCAGUCUGGUGGAGCUUCCAGCUCUCAAUCGUCUCUCAGAGGAGGAAGUGAAGCGUCAGACUCUCCACUGUGUGUCUCUCUGUGAUCCUGGAGUUCAUGUUUUCCUCCUCAUUGUUCCUGCUACUCCACUUACUAAUGAAGAAAGAGAAGGAAUAGAGAAGAUCCAGAGAAUAUUCAGCUCCGGAAAGCACUUCAUUCUGAUUUUCUUUACAUAUCUCCAUAUUGUAGAAAAAGCAACAGAUUUUGUCAAAUCUAGUCCAGAAUCUCAGAGAUUAAUCAGUUGUUGUGGAGGGCAGUACAGAGUGAUUGGGUUAAAGGAACCGGAAAGCUCAAGACAGAUCCCAGAACUGCUGGAUUAUAUAGAGAACAUGAAGACUGAACCCUAUUCACUUCAGAUGUAUGUGAAAGCUCAAGAGAACAGAGUCAGAAAUGAAUCAAAGCAGAAGCUUCAGUCAGAGGUGGGCAGAAGUUGUCCAGAUUUCAGUCGUCCCAUCAGUUGUGAUCUGAGGAUUGUUCUACUGGGGAAGAAUGUGUCUGAAAACAGUCGAGUGGGAAACUUAAUCUUAGGGGAAGAUACAUUUGAAAGUGAAGCUUCUUCAGCUGAGAGGAAGCUCCAGCAGCACAGGCAGGGAGUCGGAAGACAUUUGGAAGACCGAUAUGUGACCGUCAUCAUCAGUCCUCAGCUGCUCCAGACACAUCUGUCACUCCGUCACAUCACACAGACAGUGAGAGAGUGUGUGAAUCUGUCUGAUCCAGGACCUCAUGCGUUCAUACUCGUACUGCAGUAUAAUGACUUCACUGAGGAGGACAUGAUAAGAGUGAAAAUGAUCCUGAAAGAAUUCAGCGAAGAGGCGAUUAAACACACCAUAGUGAUUACGACUGAUCAAGAGUCAUACAGAUCAUAUGUUUAUUUGGGGAAUAGGGCAAUUUAUCAUUUAAUAAAGGAUUGUGGAGGAGCACAUCUGCAGCUUGAUGAAAGAAGACCAGAAUGGCGUUCUGAGGUAUUCGAGAUGGUUGAUAAGAAACUCAAGGAAAAUCAGGAAGACUGUCUUACAUGUGACGUAUUUCAUGAUGUUAGAGGAACUCCAAUGAAUGAAGAGCAGAACAUAUCAGAGGAAGAAAAUGACCACAGAGAAAGUGAUGAAAGUGAUGAAGUGUCAGCAAAUGUCUCUGAAAAACAGAAGCUGAACCUGGUGCUGUGUGGAAGUGAUGCAACACUUAAGGACUCUGUGUCCAAACUCUUCAGAGGAAAAAAUAUGAAACCUUUACAUGAGGGAGAUAUUAGAUCAGAGUGUGUGAAGAAAGAGAAGAUUCAUGGACGUCAGAUCAGUCUGGUGGAGCUUCCAGCUCUCAGUCGGCUCUCAGAGGAGGAAGUGAUGCGUCAGACUCUCCGCUGUUUGUCUCUCUGUGAUCCUGGAGUUCAUGUUUUCCUCCUCAUUAUUCCUGUUGGGCCUCUGACUGAUGAAGACAAAGCAGAAAUAAAGAUCAUACAGAAGAUAUUUUACUCCAGAGAGCAUUUUAUACUGCUCUUCACCACAGAGCUCACUGCUGAAGGAUUUGCAACAGAUUUUGUCAAAUCCAGCCCAGAAUUUCAGAGGUUAAUCAGUCUCUGUGGAGGGCAGUACAGAUUGAUGGGGUUAAAGGAACCUGAAAACUCAAAACAGAUCCCAGAUCUACUGGAUUAUAUAGAGAACAUGAAGACUCAAUCAUAUUCACCACAGCUGUAUGUGAAAGCUCAAGAGAACAGAGCCAGACGUGAACUGGAGGAACAACAUAAAGAAGAACUGAAGAGAAUGGAGGAUGAAAUCAAAGAGUUAAAGCAGAAGAUUCAGUCAGAAGGUGCUGAAGGUGAAGCGGAUGAUCAGGAACGUUUGAGGAUUGUGCUGAUCGGUAGGACAGGAAAUGGAAAGAGUGCAACAGGAAACACAAUUCUGGGAAGAAAUGAGUUUCAUAGCCGAUUAAACGCAGAUUCAGUGACGACUGUUUGUGAGAAGGGAGUUGGUGAAGUUGAUGGUCGAUCAGUAGCUGUUGUUGAUACUCCAGGUCUCUUUGACACGACACUGAACAAUGAUAAAGUGGUGGAAGAAAUUGUGAAAUGUGUUUCACUGUCAUCACCUGGACCUCAUGUGUUUGUCAUUGUGUUGAGUUUGGGAAGAUUCACCAAAGAAGAAACAGACACUGUAGAUCUGAUAAAGAAGAUCUUCGGUUCAAAAUCUGCUCAGUUCAGCAUCAUUCUGUUCACUAGAGGAGAUGAUCUCGAUGAUGAGUCUAUAGAAGAUUAUGUGGAGAGAAAUAGCAAUCAAGAACUGAAGAAACUGAUCAGAGAUUGUGGAAACAGAUUCCUGGCUUUCAAUAACAAAGAAAAACAAGACAAAACUCAAGUGAUUCAACUGUUAAACAUGACAGAAGAGCUGAAAAAUACUAAUGAGGGUCGAUACUUCACUAACAGCAUGUUUGAGGAGGCAGAGAUGAGCAUUAAAAAGAGAAUGGAGGAAAUAAUGAAAGAGAGAGAGAGAGAAAUACAGGCUCGAAAUGAGGCAUUAAAGGCCAAAUAUGAGAUGGAAAUGGAAGAGCUCAAAAAGAGACUUGAGGAAGAGAAAAGAAAAGCAGAAGAGGAAAGAAAACAAAGAGAGAAUGAGUUCAAUGAAAAAGAGGAAAAACUGAUAAAGAAUUUUGAAGAACAACACAAAAUAGAACAGAAGAAACGAGAGAUGGAGAAGGAGAAACGAUUAGAGGAUGAAAAAGAGCAACAAGUUGAAUACCAUAAAAAAAUUGAGGAAAUGAAGAGAGAGGUUGAAAAUCAGAGAUUACAGUAUGAAAACAAGCAAAAAGAAAGAGAAGAAGAAGAUAGAAAGAGAGAAGAGAAAUACAGACAAGAUCUAGAAAAGAUGAAAAAUGAACAACAGCAUAUUAUAGAAGACUUACGAAUGAAACAAGAAGAGGAAAUUAAAAGGAAAGAAUUAGAGGAAAGAAAGAGGACUGAACAAGAAGAGAAAGAAAGACAGGAAUGGGAGAGAAAAAUAAAAGAUGCUGUAAAUGACAGAAAAGAGACUCAAGAGGAAAUUAAACGACAGCAGAGAGAAUGGGAGGGUGAAAAGAAACGACAGAUGAAAGAACGAGAGGAAGAUGAAAGAAAGAGAAAAGAGAAACACGAGGAACAACUAAGAGAAAAACAAGAAGAAAUGGAGAAAAUGAAAAAGAGAUUUGAAAGAGAGAGAGAAGAAGAAAGACAGAAAAUAGAGGAGGAGAGACAGAAACAGAGAAGAGAGAAAGAAGAAAAAGAGAGAGAAUAUGAAGAAAAGAAAACUGAAAUGAAAAGACAUUAUGAACAACUGGAACAAGAGAGAAAAGAGGAGUGGGAGAGAAGAAAACGAGAAGAUGAAGAGAGACGAGAAGAAGAGAGAAAGAGGUGGAAGAAAAUGAUUGAAGAUCUGAAACAAGAUCAAGAAGAAGAGAUCAAGAGAAGAGAAACAGAGGAGAAGGAGAGAAAAGAAAGAGAAGAGAAAGAGCAAGAUGAAAUUAAACGGAAACAUGAAAAGGAAUUAAAAGACAUGAAGAAGAAACAUGAAGAUGAAGCCAGAAAACAAGCAGAAGAAACAAAUGAAUUAAAAGAGAGAAAAGAAGAGCUCCAACAGAAGCUGGAAGAACAUCAGAAACAACAGAAAUUACUGAAAGAACUCUUUAAACAACUGAAAGACCAGAAAGAAAAGGAAAUAAAAGAGCUGCAAGAAGAAGUUAAAAAACUCUGUCAAAGCCUACAAGACCAAAAAGAAAAAGAAAUAAAUUAUUUAAAAGAACAAGCUGAAACACUCAUUGAACAUCUGAAAGACCAGAAAGGGGAAAAAAUUGAGGCACUACAAGAAGAAGUUAAAAAACUCUGUCAAAGCCUGCAAGACAUGAAAGGAGACAAAAUAAAAGAGAUACAACAAGAAGGUGAAAAACUCAACCAACGUCUGCAAGACAAGAAAAUGGAACAUUUAAACAACCUCAUAAAAGAAGCUGAAGAAAGAGAGAAAAAAUCAGGCAACCCAUGUGUCAUUCUGUGAUUUUCACAGCAUCUAAAAUAAUUAAUGUAUUAAUCUAAACAUAACAUUUCUUACCUAUCUAUCAUUUCUGUUCAGUGGGAUGCUAUUUGAUUGAAAUUGUCUUUUUGCCUUUUAGAUUUAAAAAAGGGGGAGGAAAACUUUGUAACAGUGUUUUUUCCUCUAAAGAAUGGCACCAAACAGACCGUAUUAAUAAUACAUAUUUUGUUAAUUUUUAUAAUAUUUAAUUAUCUGCCAACGUUCUUUAAGUUUUUGUGCAUUAUGGAAAAUUGUCCCAAACUGAACUCAAAUCACCCGAAUGGUGGAAAGAAGGGAAAGUUGAGUUUAGGGCAAUGAGUUUCUAAGCUCUGGUUCAACUGUGCAACACGAGGGGUGAGCAAAAUGUAUGGCAUCAGAAAUUCAUCGACCAUCCGAUUAUCAGUUGGGAGAGGUUUAUCACCUCUUGUUUCUCCUUGUACUAUGUACAACAAACAACGCACGACAAAGCUGAAAUAUGGCCUGACUCAUAAAAAGAGUCACCCAAAUUAGAAUUUGUCUCAAAAUCAGACGAAAAUCACACAGUUUAUGCCUGGCUUAAGGCAAAGUCAGUUGUAGUUCUUGUUGUUUCUCUUUCCUUCAGUGAUUCUGCUUGUUAUCAUCAGAUGUUCAUCACUAUGCUCAAUCAUCACUCAAUCACUUAAUUAUCUAAUGAACUCAAACACUGCUUUAGUGUCAAGUUUACAGUUUUUUUCAACUGCUUACACACUUUUCAAAACUUUGCCUCUUUUUUUCAGAACUUUACACACAAAUCCAAGAAUUGCAAACACAAAUGCAAAAUGCCUCACAUCUCUUGCAAAAUGAAGCACUACAUCUCAAAAGCAAACAUUUUUCUUAUGUUGCAAACACAUUUGCCAUAAUAUUCUAUUUUUUUGAUAUAUCAUAUACACACAGUUAUUCAAAACCUAAAGCUCUUCUUUCAUGAGGUCCUAUGUACAUUUCUGUCCAAGACUGAAAGUAAUUGGCAGAGAGAUGUUAGAAAAUGCAUGGUAAACGUGAAAGUAAGAUUAAACCAAACUAAGCAUUUGUGGUUGUGAAUACAGUAUUACCCAGUAUGAAAGAGAAAAGAAAUACAUCAACCAUGUGUAGUUGGACAGAAACAAUGGCUGUGUUUAAAAAAGGAAAUCAAGAUACCUCCUGUUAGAUUUUUGUCUGUUACAUAGAGAAUUGUGUGUUGUGUUUUGCAAAAAGUGUUUUAUGAAAUUGAAAACUGAGUUGAAGUCUGAGAAUUAGUGUGUGGCUUUGCAGAUUUGAUGUGUGGUUCUGGUGUUUGAGUGUCAGGUUUCAGAAAUUGUGUGACAGGUAAGGAUUUUGUGUGUAAGCAGUUGAAAAACACUGUAACACCUUGCUGGGGGUUCACAUAUAAACACCUAGUGGUGUUAGGUGAUUUUGAUGUGUAACAUUCAUUCAUUAUAAUGGGAUUUUGGCAAUAUUGUGAUUACACUUUACCUCAUGGAAAUGCAAUACUUUGUUUGAUCAAACAAAUGCAAUUAAGCACAUAAUUGUAGUAAGCGUCACAUUAAACUAGGUGGUGUAUGCCGAUUUUAAUCACAGUAGGUAGGCAUGUAAACACCUUAAUCGCAUUAUUACCACUCUGACCAAAGUGCACAUGUGCUCGGAUGUACACGGAUGCCUUUAUGAAUGAACUCCGUGACAUUAUUCUGAAGUUUUCUCUUCACCAAAUCACUAAACUCUGUCAACACAACUCGCUGCGCAGUCUCUGCUCUGUAUCUUCAUCCAGACGGUGUAAAGACUGUGACGCAAGCAUAGACAAACCUGGCAUUGUGAUGUUCAUCAUGGCGUGGUACGUCCAAUAUUACAAAUGUAUUUCAAAUUUGAUGUAAGUAGAUUAAAACAAUGGAAGGUAACAUGCAUAUUGUUAGUGUGGUAUAACCACUUAUUUGUAAAUAAUCAGAGUAAUGAAAAUUGAAAUGAAAAUACUCUGAUUAUGAGAAAUAAUUGCAUUAUUGGUGCACAUGUAAACGUAUUGAACAAAUGUUCUAUUAAUUUUACUGUUUUACUCUUGCGGAAGGUGAACUGCACCAGAGAUUAAUCUUGACGACACUCGCAAGGAAAUAGAAAAGUACAUAAUCAAACUCUUACAACAUUUAAACUUCAUUAGAAAUACAUACUGAGUUACUAAACAAUCUUUGUCAGAGAAUACACUUGUUUGUUUACAGUUUGAACGUGCUCGUUUCCAUUUGUUUAAUUUCAAGAUCUGAUGUGAAUUAUCCAUUGUUGCUUUUGGUAUGGCUACAAAAUGAUAUUAAAAAAUGUUACACGCUUUUAACAUUAAAUAAAGCACAUACACAUUACCUGAUAUUAUCAUUGCCAUACUUUGUGUUGUUGUUCCAGCCGCAACGUUGCAGAAAAAUAGAAACUGUUUCUAAAAUACAAUCUCUGCAUGUUGCCAUUGCAAAUCCAUAUAUCAUUUGUUUUUUUAUUUAAUAUUGAAAGUAGAAACAUUAAAAAAAAAAAAGCAAUUGAAAACAACAACAACAACAAAAAAAAACAGCUAACGGGGAACAUUCUCAUAACUUUGGCUAACAUUCUGUCAAGGUUCUCUUAAAGUUAUGAACAAACAUCCUUCCAGUAAUGUUAAUAGAACAUUUGUUCAAUGUUAUCUGGUCUUUAAUAAUGGUCUCAAAAGAUUGGGAAAAAAAAAAAAAAAACAUUCUUCAAAUGUCCUUUAAAUAUUAAGGAUAACUAACUUUUUGGCUUAAAAAGGGUUUAAUGUUGGAUGAUACACAACAAAAUCCCCUGUGUUUCAUUAACACCGCUCAGUGUUCUCAUGUGUCAUACACAACAGAGUUAAAUGUAACACUUAAGCAGUGCUGGAGCUUAUUAAAUAAUUAAGUGACGGCACACUGAAGGAAAGAGGAACAAAGAUUUGAAGUCACCAUUGUGUUGAUCAGUGUUUCAUGUAGUUGGGCACUUGACUCUUGAUUGUUUUGUUAAUUUGUUCUGGCUGUUUUAUUAGUGUUCAGAAAACAUGUUCACUGCAUCAGAAGAAGCCAUUACAGAAUAACAUAAGGUGAUAUUAACUGUUAAUUAAUGUCAUUGUGACGUGAUUUGAUUCACUGAUUGGAAGUCUGUUUUGUCAUUAAUUAAUUUGUAUAUUGUGCUUCUGAACGUGAUACUCCUGACAAUCAGAUAUACUGAAAAAUCAUAAAACCAUUUUGUGAGCAUGAAGUUAUUAACUUCAGUGCCAUUUAGACACUCACAGACAUCAACAAUCAGCAUAUAAAACUAAACAAUGGUGACAUGCUUCAUUUGUAUACAGAAUGUGCUGUUCCUAGUUCAUAAUGUUCCUAAAAUUAUACCAAUUGUUAUUAUAUAUGCAUAUGUACUUAACCAUGUUAAAGGAGCUUGUCUCUCAAGCCUUUUUACUUCUAUAUGUAUGUAAAGGAAAGACUCUUAAAAUGUGGUGUCACAUUAAAUUUUAUUAAGUAACUUAGGGUAGAAAGCAUUUAUGUAUUAGAUUAAAAUUGCUUAUAAAAAAUGUAAUGCUGUACAUAAGGCAGAUGAAAAGGAGGAAGCAGAGAAGAAAAGCCAAGAGGAGAGCUAACAGGAGAAAAUGUAGGCUACGUCAGAAACACCUUAAAUGGAUUGUGGAAGCCUUGCGGUUUUAAAACUGAUGACAGUAGAAGAGAAUCUAACCUCGGUAGUGGACUGCUUGAGUUUAAAAGACUGAUGAGAUGACUGCCCAUUUAGAUACUGACUGUGCAGUAACUCUCAAUGCGAGAAAGCUGAUUAUACCUUUGAUUGAAACUUUUCUUUAUUUUAUAACUUUGCUAUUAACUUUUGUUUGCCAUUAUUUCUUGAAAAUUGCUACUAAUAAAGAUAACUUCAUAAUAAA